GGGCCUCGGUCGCCACGGGAACGCGCGCGCGCCGGCGUCCGACCAUGAGCGCGCGGUUCGUGCGGGCCGCGUGGGCCCGGCGCUCGGGGCCCGGCCGCUGCCGUGGCGCCUCCGGCUUCCCGCCGCCUCCGCCGGGCGCCCAGGGUGUGGCGGAGCUGCUGCGAGACGCGGCCGGGGCGGGGGCGGAGGCGCCGUCGGCGGCCGCGGAGCGCCGGACGCCGGGCCGGUACUCCGUGCUGCUCUUCCCGGGCCAGGGCAGCCAGGUGGUGGGCAUGGGCCGCGGUCUGCUCGGCUACCCGCGCGUCCGCGAGCUCUACGCCGCCGCCCGCCGCGUGCUGGGCUACGACCUGCUGGAGCUGAGCCUCCACGGGCCGCAGGAGGACUUGGACCGCACCGUGCACUGCCAGCCCGCCAUCUUCGUGGCAUCGCUGGCCGCGGUCGAGAAACUGCAUCACCUGCAGCCCUCGGUGAUUGAGAACUGUGUAGCUGCUGCUGGAUUCAGUGUGGGAGAAUUUGCAGCCCUGGUCUUUGCCGGAGCCAUGGAAUUUUCUGAAGGUUUGUAUGCGGUGAAAAUCCGGGCUGAGGCCAUGCAGGAAGCUUCAGAUGCCGUCCCCAGUGGGAUGCUGUCUGUCCUCGGCCAGCCGGAGUCCAAGUUCAGCCUCGCCUGUUUGGAAGCCCGGGAACACUGCAAGUCCUUAGGCAUAGAGAACCCUGUUUGUGAAGUGUCCAGCUACCUCUUUCCAGAUUGCAGGGUGAUUUCAGGACACCUGGAGGCACUGCAGUUUCUCCGGAAGAAUUCCCCUAAGUAUCGUUUCAGACGCACCAGGAUGCUGCCGGUGAGCGGCGGCUUCCACACCCGCCUGAUGGAGCCAGCCGUGGAGCCCCUGACGCAAGUUUUAAAGGCGAUCGACGUUAAGAAGCCUCUGGUGUCCGUCUACUCCAACGUCGACGGGCACAGAUACGGGCAUCCCACGCACAUCCAGAAGCUGCUGGCCCAGCAGGUGGUCUCCCCAGUGAAGUGGGAGCAGACGAUGCACGCCAUAUACGAAAGGAAAAAGGGCAGCGAGUUCCCCAGAACUUUCGAAGUGGGCCCCGGGCAGCAGCUGGGAGCCAUCCUCAAGAGCUGUAACUUGCAGGCCUGGAAGUCCUACAGCCCCGUGGACGUGCUGCAGACCCUCGAACACGUGGACCCGGACCCCGAGGAGUCCCCAAGAUGACCAUGGGGGACUCAAACGGAUGAACCCCUGUGCCCUCCCGAGAAGAGGCUAUGAGCUGUGCCCACCACACCUUCCCUUCCUAGCGGCUCCUCUUCUGAGUGAAAGGGAUUGUUUACAACGUGCUUUGGAGGCCGCAUAAAAAGCCCUAA